UGAUAGGUCUCACUUAACCAUAAAGAACUCAUGAUGGAGAGGAACAGUUUGAGUAGCAACGUGAAUGGCCAUAGUAAUAUUGGAAGUAGAGCGUGCAACAACAAUGACAAGAAGAAGAAGCUUAGAGAUUCAUGGAACUUUAGCAGCUGCCAAAGCAAUGGACAUGAUUAUCUUGGUGGGCUUUCUUGGCCUCCAAGAUCGUACACGUGUACCUUCUGCAAAAGGGAAUUUAAAUCUGCUCAAGCUCUUGGAGGUCACAUGAAUGUUCAUAGGAGAGACAGAGCCAGGUUGAGACUGUCACCUCCAAGGGAUGACCAGUGUCCUAUUCUGACCCUUAACCUGAACCCUAACCCUAGUUUCUGUACUCCAUUCAAUCGCACAAUACCAUCCUUGGUUUCUCCUCCUCUUACUGCACCAUCUACACCAUCUUUAGCUUCCGAAGUCAAGAAAUGGACCAUUGGCGGUGGUAACCCUCUCGACCCUUCAAGCCCCAACCUUUCUGAUUUAACAACAAACGGGAGCAGGAAAUCCUUCUUUGAAAACUUCGAUGGUUUCACACGACAAGAUGGAUUCAAGAUCUGGAAUAAGGGUGAGAUUGUGAGGUUAGAUUUGGAUAUUGGUCUUGUCAGUGACUCCAAGGAUGAUUUGGAUUUGGAACUUCGACUGGGAUCUCUUAAUUAGGUGAACAUGGGCAGCCUCAUCAACGCAGACUAACACGUUAAAACUUGGAAGCUUGUAGUUGCACCAGUUGUGAGAUUAUGUAUUAUAAGAUGUCAUUAUGUUUAGUUAUUAACCCUCCAUAGUUUCUUGCAAAGUUAAGGAGAUGUCAAUUUCA